GAUGACCUAAUUUAACAACAUUGAAGCAAACAUCAUUAUCAAGAUAGAGAUUUGAGUCAGAUUAUUCAGUUUUACAAAUGAAAUGUGAAAACAUUGAAAACAAAUUAAGUAAACAUGUGGCUUUUUUAGAUAAACAAAUUAACCUCGUUCUGUGGAUAUCAUAGAAGGCAGCACUUACAUUAGACGUACAACACAGAGCAAAUACUCUCCAAGUCUUCAACCUUGGGAUAAACUGAAAGAUUCUUACAGAAGAAAGUUGUUAUUCACUGCUUGAGAAGGAGUCAGCAAGGAUACUGUCUUUUCCUCAACAUUAUCUCAAGCACAUCUUGUCAAAAUGAUGACGCCUUUAAUCUUCGUGGUGUUUCUAUCCAUUUGUCUAGGUAGUACAGCGGGGUACCGGCGUGCGCUGUGUCCUAUCCUGUCCUGUCCAGACGCCCCGGAGCACUGCCGCCAGGUGUUUAACUAUGGAUGGAUCAGCAAUAAGUGGUGCCCCGUGUCAUGCCAGCCGGUCUGCGAGUGCCCCACCCCCGCCCCGUGGGACCUGAGACACUGCGGGAACCGGGACCCCUACUGCCGCGUGUAUAGGGAGACCGUUGACCUCCCAGACGGACGGCAGUGUCUCAUCAAGUGUUUGCUGGCCUGUUCCUCUGGUUAGUUCUAGGGAACUUUGCCAUCAGUUGUAAAUUCUUUUGAGACAAAGUUGUUUUUACUUGAUCAAAACAUUAAACUUGUAUAGUAAUAUGGUGAUGACAAAUGCAUACCAGUCGUCAUUUAUUGUACAAAAUUUUAUCAAUAUUGUGUGUUUAACAAUAAUUGUUUCACAAGUUUUUAUUAAAUCAAGGUUCAUUAGA